AGGAAGAACAGGAUAACGUUUCAUUCACUGUAGCUCAGUGUGUUCAGACUCACUCUGUCAGUUAGCAGAGGUAUUUGGUCUUUUGUGUAAAUCGGCUCUUUGCUUUCUUGGGUAGAUAUUAGUCAUAAUAUUCCAGUAAUUUGACGUUGACAACCUCAGCACGGCAACCUGAGCUACGUAGUAGCUAACGGAUAAUAUCAAACUUAGCUAGCUGCUAGCUAGCCGUGGGUUGAUUGAACAAGCACGCGAGGCCUACCGCAUCCUCGGUUUUUCCUUUGGAGGCUCUACCGAAGACGAACACACCAACAUUUUCUCGGUUUUCUUCAGCUGUAUCGUUUUUCCACGGGGUUUCUCAGACGCAAAAACAACAACGUGCCUGAAAAAAGAUGGAGGCUCCUCCUGUCACUGUGAUGCCAGUCACUGGGGGCACAAUCAAUAUGAUGGAGUACCUGUUGCAAGGCAGUGUGUUAGACCAGGCCCUGGAAAGCCUCUUACAUCGCCUUCGUGGUCUGUGUGACAACAUGGAACCUGAAACCUUUACAGAUCAUGAACUGGUUUAUCUUCUGAAAGGCCAACAAGGCAACCCUUUCAUUCUGCGUGCCCGGCGCUCCCUUUCCCACCCCAAAGCUCCAUGGCACCUGCGCUACCUGGGCCAGCCUGAAGUGGGAGACAAGAGCCGCCAUGCUCUGGUACGCAACUGUGUGGACGUGGCUGCCUCUCACAGCCUGCCAGACUUCCUAAAUGAGAUGGGCUUCCGCAUGGACCAUGAGUUUGUGGCCAACGGGCACAUAUUUCGAAAAGGCGCAAUGAAAAUUGUGGUCAGCAAGUUGUCACGCAUCCUAGUACCCGGAAACACGGAAAACACAGAGCGUCUGUCACUUUCAUACUUAGUGGAGUUGAGUGUGUUGGCUCCUGCUGGCCAGGACACUGUGUCAGAGGACAUGCGCAGCUUUGCUGAGCAACUCAAACCCCUGGUCCACCUGGAGAAGAUCGACCCGAGCAAACAGAGACAUUAAAUGACUUAGUUAAGGGGAUUAACUCCUCUCUGACUCCCAUGGAGAAAUUCUCUUGUUUUCUUUCUUUCUUUGUCUUUUUUUUAUUUUUUUUUAUUUUUUUUUUUAAACAUCAAUGUUCUCUUGUUACUUAAAAUGAAAUACAGUGCUACACUGAA